AUGGAUCAAAGCGCGACAGGUUCUGCCACAGAUGCCGCCGAAGCAACCGCGAAAGAAAGACAAGUAGAAGCUUCUAAAAAGCGGUCUUCUCAAAACUUCCCCCUCAGCCUGUCAAGAAGACGAAACACAUCGCCCUUUCGACUGAGAACCUUUCUAUCCUUGUGGCGAGCUACAAUAUUAACUUCAGCGAGUAUUCGCGCAGUUGCACGUGAUCCGUCGGGCGGCACAACGAUGUACCAGACUUCCGUUUGUUGCGGGCAGGUACCUUGCUGGAGGUCAGUCUGCAAAACUCGUGGUGGGAUUGUUCAAACUCGGGUUUACUUCACGUCCAGCGAGUUUGUGGGCAAAUGGCAAAAUUUACGGACAACCUUUUUGAACUCAUAUGUUGGUUGGGGGGAGCUGGGGAGUUCUGCCUCCCCCUCCGCGGCCUUCGCCACAGCCGUCCAAGCGUCAACCUUAAACAUCCUUAAAAUCUAG